UAAGGUUACACUUAAAAAAUGUCAUAACAGUUUGUUAUUAAAAACAAUGUCAUUCGUAGAUAAAUUAAACUAUUACAGCAAAAGAAAAUCUUUUAAAUAUGGUAUACCCUUUCUCAUCAUGAUGGUGGCCGGGUCCUUUGGACUGCAGCAGUUCUCAAACCUCAGGUAUCAGUACGCUAAGAAGCAGCCGGUUACGCCGGAGGAGAUGAAAAAGUACGGCGUGAACAUGAAAAACCGGCAGGAGGUGACUCUGGAAUCGGAAUAUGACAAAGUCAAAUCCGUGGACAUAGAUCAUUGGGAAAACAAACGAGGUCCACGUCCCUGGGAAGAAGAAGAUCAGUCGGCGACGGCAAAGCAUUAAAAAUUAUGUUUUCCAAGCAAAACAUUUUAUAAAAGCAGACUGUUGGUUGUACAUAGUAAUACAUUAAUAAAUAUAAUCGUUUGUUUA